AAUUCAAAAACACAAGAAUUUUACUCCCACACCUCUAAGAUGCCAUAACAUAAUAUAAACAAUACAAUGUUAAUUACAAUUGAAAAUAAAAUUUCUCAAUUUUAGAGCAUAAAAGAUAAAGUUUGCUACAACCUAAAGCACACAUAUUCCGAGCACAACAAAGUUUGCAAUAACUGAAAAGAAAGCAGGCAUAUUCCAGUGCAACUCCUGCAGGAUAACAAAAGCAAGAAGCAAUGCAAACUGGGAAAUCUCCACCCCCUGUGAAAUGGAUACAUUUCGCGCAGUUUCUGCUGUUUGCUGACUGGCUUUUGUCUCUGCUGCCUGUGAAGAGAAGAGUGCACGCACGAGUUGGAUCACUUAACAAAAGGAGAGACUGUGCGGGCUUGCCCUGCUAUCCAUUGAAAAGGACAUUGCAUCCAAACUGGAUUAUAAAGAUCUUAUUGCUGAGUUUGCGGCCAAGAAGGCAAAGAAAGUGACUCUGAAGUGAUUAGUUUCUGCGCAGUUUAUGCAUGAGGGAAAGUGCUUUCCACUGAGCUCUAGCGCCGGGCCAUUUCCGGGAAAUAAGAGUUUGGGUCAUGGCGACAGCGUGUGUACAUCAGCCUCGGUUCGGAGCUUUCAGUUUCGGAAACUGUAAGAGGUAAGAGUAGAAUAAUAUAAAGUACAGACACUUGGUAUAUUUUACUUCUGUGAUUUUUAAAUUGUUCAUUUUUAGAUUACGCUUCAUUUUUGUGGCUACUGACUCAUAGAGUAAAUAUAUGCUGUAUUUACUGUAUGGACACGGGAUCAGAAAACUAUUUUAUUUAUAAGCAGGAGCCACAUGGACCCAUAGGGGACCGAUUUUUUUCAUGAUAUCUUCCUUCAUAUUCAUCAUAAAUGCGACCAGGCGAGGUUUGUUUUGCCUGGCAGCACUUGUUACAUAAAAUGUGGUUCAGGUGAUCACCUAAUCAGGACCUCGUUAACUAAAAUGAGGUGCUUGUGUAGAAAUUCCAGCACAGACACUGGAAUGAAAUGGCUGCUGUACACGGAGAUGCUGAUUUAAGAAAAAAAAUUGAAGUGGUCUCUUAAUCUCUUCCAGUAGCCUAGUAAACUAGACCCACCCGCCUAGCGGCCAAAAAUAUUUUUGCCUACGAGUGGGUCUAGCCUCGCACCAUAUCAACAAAACACCCCGGGCAUCAAAUCGUUCCCGCCGAUCACAACACAAGGUUUUUGUUUGGAUUCUUUGGGCGGGCUUUUGCAGGAGUGACGACAAAGCUGCGCGACGCUGGAGAAAGCACAGCAGGAAAGAUGGCUACCGCUAGUGAACAGCGCGCGUUUGACUCCGCUUUGGAAUCAGUUUUAGAAGAAUUAGACUUGGAGUUUUCAUUGAAACAUGAGCAGGAAGAGGCUCUCCGCUCAUUCCUUUUCAAGAAGGACGUUUUUGCUGUUUUGCCGACCGGCUAUGGCAAAAGUCUGAUCUACCAGCUGGCUCCGCUGGUAGCCAAAAGGAUGGGGCUAGUUUGUGCAGUACGAAGAAUUAAUAAACAGCUUUGAAACAUUACUUUUUGAUUGUUUCUUAUUUUCCCGUUAUUUUAAAUUUAAGGAAAAUUAUUUCACCAAACACCACUAAAUAAAAACUCUCAAAAACAGUUUAAGCAAACCCUUGAAAAACACUUGAAAAAAAUGAGUGUAUGUUAAGUAUGUGGUACAGACUCCAAACUCGUGGUCAUUAUCUCCAAACCUCUUAAUAUCUAGAACCUGUUUAUUAAUUAAUACGCAUUUUGAAAAAUUAUUUAUUUCAAGGCCUCCCCCACUGCUUUCUGUCGCUCUGACUACGUCACAGUCACAGUUGCGCUGAUUGGUCAGAGCGUUGGCCUAUACGCACAGAGACAGUUUGAAAGACAGCGGGUUGUUCCUACCCACACCCUUCGGAAAUGUCUACGACCGAGACCAGACUAAAUAUUCACAUUUAGUCUGGCUUGCCAGGCUACUUUUCCAGAGCUGUAUAUAACAAUCUCAGCUUGUCAAAGUUUUUGAUUUGAUUUAUUUGGCAAUAAUACAGGACAUAAAAAUGAUAAACGUAUACAAAAAGAUGAUCCAAAAUAAACAGGAGUAUAAAAAAUAAAACAAAACAUAAAAUACAUAAUACUGUAGAUAUUGCCGGGGAUAACACAAAAAAGUUAAAAACUUAUUUCCAUUGUGGUCCCCAUAAUACAAGAUGUGACGUAAAAGAGAUAUAUAAGCCUAAUACUAAUAAAAAUGUACAAAAAUUAAUAAAAAAUAAAAAUAAUUAUUCUCAAUAUUAGUCAUAACAUUACACAUAUAAAAGACUUAACAUUUUUCUUAAAAUUUAACAAAGAUUGAUGAGAACUGACUAAAGUAGAAGGAAGACGAUUCCAUAACGGAGCACCAGCGAUACAAAACGAAAACUUACCGAAAGCACCAAAAUGAGGAAUGACAAGCAAAUGUUGACUAGAACGAGUAGUAUGAGAAUGUCUUCUUGAGAUGGAAAGGAAUUGGUCAGAAAGGUACUUAGGACACGUCCCAUCAAGCACUCGGUUCAUAUGAUUUAGUUUUGAUUGCUCUACUCUAUAUCGGAUAGGGAGCCACCCUAAGAUUUUCAAGCGUUCAGUAAAUAAUGAUGUUCUUGGCUGCAAAUUUAGAAUAAAAUGAACCAAUUUAUUCUGAGAAAUCUGAAGUUUUGUUUUUGUUUUCUUCGUCAAACUUGAGUACCAGAAAGAGCAGGCAUAAUCAUAGUGACAUUGUACCAGUGCUGAUACUAACAGUUUCUUGGUUCUUAAAUCUAAAAAUUUUGAUUUUCAAUGCAAACAUUUUUAAUCUGGCAUAUACACUACCGUUCAAAAGUUUGGGGUCACUUUGAAAUGUCCUUAUUUUUGAAAGAAAAGCACUGUUCUUUUCAAUGAAGAUCACUUUAAACUAAUCAGAAAUCCACUCUAUACAUUGCUAAUGUGGUAAAUGACUAUUCUAGCUGCAAAUGGUGAGCUGUAUACAGAUCUCCUGGAUCAAGCAUAGAAGUUUUUAUAGAUUGGAUGGAAAGUAUGUUUAUAAAAUCAACUCAGAAGGUCAUGUACAUCUGUGGUGAUUUUAACAUUGACCUCUUUAAUCAUAAGAAACACAAAAUGACAGAAGAGUUCAUUAACUCAGUGUUCAGUAUGGGACUGUACCCAACUAUUACCAGACCAAGCAGGAUCACUUCUCACAGCACCACUUUAAUAGAUAAUAUAUUUACUAAUAUCCUGGAAAAUAAUAUAGAGAGUGGACUACUAUUAACAGACAUCAGUGACCACCUACCUAUUUUUAAUGUAUAUUACUGUAAUUAUAGCAAGAAAAAGGAUACUAAAAAUUAUAAAUAUAUAAGAGUGAAAACUGAAGAAACCAUGAUUGCACUAAAAAAUGAUUUAAUAAUACAGGACUGGAAUGUAGUUUAUAAAAAAAAAGAUGUUGAUAAAGCAUAUGAGGAAUUUUUAAUAAUAUUCAAUGAACUAUAUAAUAAAAAUUGUCCUAUAAAGAAAUACAGUAAUAUACAUAGAUAUACAAAUAGUCCGUGGGUCACCAAGGGGCUACAAAAUGCCUGCAAAAAGAAAAAUAUAUUAUACAGACAAUUCUUAAAGCAUCGAACUAUAGAGGGAGAGGAAAAAUAUAAAAAAUAUAAAAAUAAAUUAACUAAUAUUAUAAGGAUAUGUAAGAAAGACUAUUAUAAUAAAUUAGUGGAGAAAAAUAAAAACAAUAUUAAAGGUAUAUGGACUGUACUAAAUGGUAUUGUGAGAAAUGGAUCCAAAACUACAAAUUACCCGGAGUACUACACUGAAAAUGAUAAGACCAUAAAUAAUAUGGAGGAUGUGGUGAAUGGUUUUAAUCAAUUCUUUGUAAAUGUGGGACCAGAUUUAGCGGCAAAAAUAAAGGAACCCGAGACAACACAAUGUGGGGACAUAGAAGAUAUGGGGGAUAGAAAUCCAAGUACAAUUUUUCUAACUGCAACUGAUGAGGAAGAAAUUAUCCAAAUUGUAAGAAAAUGUAAAAACAAAACCUCUGCAGACUGGAAUGAUAUAGACAUGUUAACAGUAAAGACAGUUAUUGAGGGAAUUGUGAAACCACUCACCCACAUCUGCAAUUUAUCUUUUCAAUCAGGUACAUUUCCAGACAAAAUGAAAAUUGCAAGAGUGAUACCAUUGUUUAAAACCGGAGAUAGACACCAUUUCACAAACUACAGGCCUGUUUCUUUACUCCCCCAAUUCUCCAAAAUACUCGAAAAACUUUUUUCAGAUAGAUUGGACAAAUUCAUUGAAAAACACAACCUCCUUACAGACAGUCAAUAUGGAUUCAGAAUGGACAGAUCAACAUCGAUGGCACUAAUGGAACUAAUAGAGGAAAUCACAAUGUAUAGACAAUAAAAAAAUAGCAAUAGGAGUAUUUGUGGACCUAAAAAAAGCAUUUGAUACUACUGAUCAUAGUAUAUUAUUAAGUAAACUAGAAAAGUGUGGUGUUAGGGGAGUUGGGUGGAGCUGGCUGUCGAGCUAUCUAAGAAACAGGCAACAGUUUGUGCAGAUAGGUGACCAUAAAUCUGAUUUCAUGAACAUUACAUGCGGGGUACCACAGGGGUCAAUAUUAGGUCCGAAAUUAUUCAUAAUAUAUAUCAAUGACAUAUGUACAAUUUCGCAAGUACUGAAAUUUGUUUUGUUUGCAGAUGACACCAAUAUUUUUUGUUCCGGUGAGAAUUUGCAGCAGACUUUAGAGAUAAUCACAACUGAAAUAAAUAAACUAAAACUAUGGUUUGACAAAAAUAAAUUAUCAUUAAAUCUAAGCAAAACAAAGAUGAUGUUGUUUGGGAGACACAAAAUAGAUUGUAAUGUAGAAUUGAUAAUAGACAAUACUAAGAUAGAAAUGGUACAGGAAAUUAAAUUUCUUGGUGUGAUUUUGGAUCCUAAAGUCUGCUGGAAACCUCAUGUAGGAUAUGUACGAGCAAAACUGGCAAAGUGCUCAGCAAUACUGUGGAAAACAAAAGAUAUUCUUGAUUGUAAAUCUUUGCGUACUCUAUAUUACUCAUUAUUUUUGCCAUAUCUGACUUAUUGUGUCGAAGUCUGGGGAAACACUUACAAAACCACUCUGCAGCCGAUAUGUACAAUACAGAAAAGAGCAAUAAGGACAAUAAACAAAACAGGAUACAGAGAACAUACAAACUCACUAUUCAUAAAAUCACACAUGUUGAAAUUUAUGGAUCUGGUCAAAUUCAGAACAGCACAAAUAAUGUACAAAGCAAGAAAUAAUCUAUUGCCGAAAAAUAUACAAGGAGUGUUUAGUGAGAGAGAGGGGGGAUAUAAUCUAAGGGGAGACCUAAAUUUUAAAAAACCAAAGGUUCGAACAAAUAUGAAAAGCAUGUGCGUAUCGAGCUGUGGGGUGACUUUAUGGAACAGACUGGAGACAGAAAUAAAACAAAGUGCAAAUAUAAAUCUGUUUAAAAAAAGGUACAAAAAAUAUUUUUAAAUAAGUAUAUUGCAGAGGAAGUAUGUUAAUGGAGGAUGAUGAGGGAUAAAUAGAAUAGGGUGGAUUGUUAUAUUAGAACUAACUUAGUAUAUGGUAUAUAUUUAUUUAUGGGGAUAGAUAUCUUCAUAUUUACAGGGAUAGGUAUGUAGUAGAUAUUUAUUUUUGUAAUUAUAUAUUUAUAUAGAUAUUUAUGAAGUGUGUGUGUAUGUAUGUAUGUAUGUAUGUAUAUAUAUAUGUAUGUAUAUAUGUAUAUAUGUGUGUGUAUAUAUAUACCAUGUGUGUGUAUGUAUAUGUGUGUGUGUAUAUAUAUAUAUAUAAAAAAUCUCCUUCUCACCCCCGGCGGGGGGGGUGGUAUCCAUGUCAUCCUCAAGCUCGGGUCCUCUACCAGAGGCCUGGGAGUUUGAGGGUUCUGCGCAGUAUCUUCGAUGUUCCUAGGACUGCGCUCUUCUGGACUGAGGCUUCAGAUGUUGUU